AUGGAUCCUGUAGAACUUUCAAAGGCAAUUUUUCGGUUCGAAGAAAAUAUAUUAAAAGAAAGACAGAAUAUUGAUAACAUCGUUGAAACCUCUCAAAAUCAUCCAACGAAAAAACGAAGACAAGAUGAUACUAUUGAAACAAGAAAAAUCGCUGCAAAAGAAGUAUGUGAUAUUUUUAUUGUCAACGUUAAAGAACGUUUUGAUUAUAAAAAUCACUUAAAUGCUUCGCACCUAUUUUUAUCCACCAAAUUUCCUAUGUACGAAAAUAACUUCCCAAAUGACCAUUUUAGUAAAACCGUUGAAGCAUAUCCUUUUUUGGAUGUUAUUAAACUUAAAACUGAACUACAACUGUUCUACAAAAGAACCGAUUUUCGUGAUAUGAAUUCAUCAGUUCAUUUAUUGAAAUUUAUAAUUGAAAAUAAUUUAACACUGAUAUUUUCUGAAAGCUACAAACUUUUAAAAAUAAUUUCAACUGUUCCAAUGACUACAGCUGAAGCCGAAAGAUCGUUUUCUACAUUAAAACGUAUUAAAACAUUUUUGAGAAAUUCAAUGACGGAAGAUCGACUUACAGCACUAGCAAUGUUAUCGAUCGAAAAACGGACGAUCAACGAUAUUUCAAACUUCAACGAAGAAGUAAUAAACAGGUUUGCAGAAAAAAAAGAUAGAAGAAUCGAUNUUUUUUUUUUUUUUUUUUUUUUUUUUGGGUGUGCACUACUUCAUUAAAAACCCACGAGCCGCCACUGCCUACAGUGGACAUUCCAAUCAACAACUAUUCAAUGACAGACAUGUUUGCUGAUGACACGUCAAUCAACAAUAUUUCCAACUGGACGAAACGUUGGAAAAUCAAAAUUAACACCGACAAAUCGGUGCACGUAAAUUACACCUUGCGUAAAACCGUCUAUAAACCAGUAUUGCUAGAUCGGCAGAUCAUCUCAGAAAGCUAAAGCUUACUCCUAUGUAAAUGAUGUAGUUCGUUUUCUGAAAGGAAAUUUUCUUGGGCUGGUACUUUAGGGAGGUAAUUUUUCGAUUUUCUCAGGAGUUUUGUCAUCAAAUGUGAAAACCCCCCCCAAAAAAAAAACGGAGGAAAAUGUACGAAACAUAAGUAUUAUUUAAAAAAUAUUACUACCUUUUUUUUCCUGUGAACAACCUUUCUAUCAUUUAUUUUGCUCCGAUUUACAAUGAUAGCACUUUUUUGAAAGAAAAUCUGACUGGGAAAGUAGAAAGGUAGGUACUUUACGGAUUACGUUUUUCGAUUUUCCUAAAAGUUUUCCCAGCAAAUGUGAAAAACAGGAAAAUCUAUACAAAUAUUGUUAAAGAAAAAUAUAUAAUGCCUAUUAAAUUUUUUACCAUAAUAUGACAUAUAUAUUAUUGACAAUGCAUCACUAUUAACUGAACUCGUUAGCAAUGGUUUAUCAUUGCUUACACAUAUACAUUAAAUUCUCUUCUAUAUCGUACCUUCCCAACUUACCACCUACAACAGUAGCUGCAGCACCCGUCCCCAUUAUCUUAGGACAGCUUUUUAAUUUUACAGUUUGAUUUUAUGAUUAUUUUUGAGUCUAUUAAAAUAUUACAGAUAAAAAAUAAUUUAUUUUAACAUAGAUAGAUUACAGAAUAAAAAUAGUUUAGCAGUGAAAAUAACUAAUAAAUAUGAUAAGUAGAAAUUAAUGAAUAAAAUACCUAAUGAUUAAAAUAAUCCAGUAGGUAUAAUUUUCCAACCAUUAAUCGAUACAAUAUAUAAUGUUACAUAAGCAAUUUAUAUUCCCACUUCUUUUAACUUUCGAAUAAUUAGAUAAUUAUGUAUAUUUUCCAAAUGAAUUAUUGGGAAUUGACAUAUUAAUUUUAGAACUUUAAAUAUUCACGUUUUUAUGGUUGUAGGAGGUAACACGUAGUUGUAAUAAUGCAUGCAUAAAAUUAUAUUUUCUUGUUUCUUUUGGUGUUUUAUUCAAUAUUAUUGUGAUUUUGUAAUAAAAUUUAUCAUUUAUGAACUUAAAACCCAUACCUGAUUUAUAAGGGUCGAUAUUUUUCAAUUUUUUGACAUAUUUAGUUACCUACAUUAUAGGAAAUAUUCAUCACCGGGUACGUUUUUAAUUUAAAUUAUUAAUAUUUUAUACAAUUUAUUAGGUUUAAUAUAAGUGCCUUUAGGUACACAUAUUAAGGUAUAUAACAAACUAAUCUUAUAAUUUAUUUAUGCAAUUUUAAUUUAGACAAAAUAAAUAUUUUUAUUAUUUCUAUUACCUAAUAAUAUUUUGAUUUACCUAUGGUUGUUACUUUUAUACAUUUUACUCUACUUAAUUAAUAUUUUUGUUUCAUUUACAAUAUACACCUAUUAAAUUUAUUACUUAUUUUAUACUCUUCAAGACAGUGGUGGAUUUUCAAUUUUUUUUUUUUUUGAAAAUCGAAAAAUCAUAUACAGAUUCUGAACACAGCAAAGAAUUGGUUUUAUCAUAUAUGCUUUUUUUCUCUUUGUUAAAAACUUUUGUACUAUAAAUAUUACUGAGAUUUAAAGUGUAGCAUAUUUUCUGAAAGUAAAAUUUUUGGUCAUUUUUAGAUUUUCCUUGCAAGUUUCUUAAUUGUUGAAAAAACAGAGAAAUAACUUGGGAAAAAUGUGAAAGUUUACAGUAAUAAUCGUUUAGUUAUUAACGAUUUUGUAUACAUUUUUUUUGUGUCAUUUAGUUAAAUUAAUCAUAGAGAUAUGACAUUUUUAUAGAAUACUUAUCAAUAUUCCUAUUACCUAUUACCUAUUACAGGUGCGGUAAAAUUUAAAAAAUAUUGGGGUAUUUUUAAGUAUUUUUAAAACAUUUUAUUUGGAUAAAAUUGUUUUCGCAGAGCAGAAAUGCUUGAAAAUUGUAUGUUGUUGAUCUUAAGCUGUAGAUGACAUGCAUUUACAAAAAUUGGAAACAACACAAACGGCUACCAUUAUAAAAUCCUGUAUGUAUCAUAUUAUAAUUGCUAUACAAUAUAAAUAUAUGCAUGUAUCACAUAACGAACCUUGGUACUUUAUUUUAUACAAUAUUGUGAACCUGCAAUGACUGUGAUAAACAAAAAUUAUCUAAAUAAAAAAUUAUUUUUAAAUUGUGCUAUUAGUAUUUUAAUUUAAAAUGACAUUAUUUUAACUUAGAGUACAUAGUUAUUGAUAUUAGGAAUUCUGUAGAAAUUAAUAAUUUUAACUAUAAUUGGUAUUAUAUAAUAUAAAUCAGUGUUAAUUAUUGUACUAAGAGAUUAUUUGUUUAGGUUGUAUUUUUUUUUAAAUAUUAACACUUAUUAUUUCUGUGUAGGUUGAACAAAAAACAAUGUGGGAACAUUCAGAAAAAUCAAUAUUAUUUUUGAUGAUAUUGGCAUUAAUCGUCAGCACAGUGUCAAAUUUUUCUAGUAAGUAAUUAUUUUUUAUACCUAACUGUAAUUAUUUUAUAACUUUAAAUUCAUUGUGUACCUCUUAAUACUGGCUGCAUAAUCAAAUACUACUUUAAGUUUGCAAAUAUUUAUUUGGUAAAAUAUUUAUAAACUAACAGUGUCGCAAUACCAGAAAAGGAUUUACUUUUAUGUUCUUAAUUUAAAUUUAUGUUUUGUACUUGUCUAUUGUACCUGAAAGGAGCUUCAACGUUCUUCCAAAAUGUAUUCAUGCUAUGGGUAUUAGUUAUAAAUUACCUAUGUAUACUAUAAUCUUAAUAUAAAUACAAAAUCACACAUUUUUAGUUUAUAACAAUUCUCUUCUCUCCCGGAAAUUAUUUUACAAUUACGGUCUUGUGUAUUACUAUACCUAAAUUCACUAAAAAUAGGUACUUUUUAAAUUCUCAGCUAAUCGAGGAAUGUUUUACAGUGAUGUACAUUUAUUUUUACUUUUUUUUUUGUAAACAACUUUUCUACUAGAAAUGUUGCUCCGAAUUUCAAAUGUAGCACCUUUUUUUGAUUGGAAAUUUGAGUGGAGUGGUACUUUAAGAAAGGUUUUUUUUAUUUUUCCAGGGAUUUUCAUAAUAAACGGGAAAAAACGUAGGAAAAAUGGGAAAAUUUACGAAAUUAAUUAUUUUCAAAUCUUAAAUAUUACGGCCUUUCUAAACAUGUAAAACUGAACUCUUCUCAGAAUCGUUUUUCGUUAGCAAUAGUUAUUCUUUGCGUGCAGAUAUACCUUCAAUUUCCCCUCUCCCUCCCCAACUUCUCACCAGUAAUAGUGACCCACCCAUCGUGGGAAGUUUGUCCGUUUGUUUUUUACAUUAAAACUUAUGAAAUCGGGUGUUCUUUAAUAAGUAGGUAACCUACUUAUUUAUGCCUGUAAUAGAUAAAUCUUUUCAUAGCAACUACGAAAGUCAAAAACAUUUGUUGCGUGGAAUUCAUGGAAGUUAAAACAUAUUUUAAAAAGAUAAUUUUAGAUUUUGGUUUUAAGUCCCCUGAUAUAGGGUUAGUUAGUGACUUGUGUGCAUUGCAUUCUAUAUAUCAUACGAAUACAAUUGAGGCGGCUCUACAAACUGACCUGGUACCUACCUAGCGAACAAUAUAUUAUACCUAUACUAUUGGAUAUCUUAAUUUAUUAUUGUUGAAUUAUUCUUGUUUCACCGAAAUAACUUCAUAAUAGGGAGUUAAUUAGGUAUCGUAAUAUAAAUUAUUUUUGUUUGAAUUUGAAUAGGUACCUACAUUAGUAUAGCUAUAUUAUGAUAUUAUUAUGUUUACAAUUGUGUAAUAAUCCAUUUAAUUAAUAUUAUGACUUUAUAUUACCCUUAAUAUUAAUGUUGUGAAAAGUCCCAAUAGAGUAAUUUCAUUCAAAUAAACAAUACUUUAUUAUGAUAUAUUUUGAAUAUUAUUACUUUAACUAUGACAGUGUGCCAGGGCAUAAAUCAAAGGUACCUUCUCUACUUACCUACUUGGUGAUAAUAAUAAUUUUAUUGUUGAGUAGACACUAGACAGGUAUUUAAGUAGUUAAUAAAUUAUUUAUUGUUAUAUAUGGGUUAUGCAUAGACGCCUACUACCUACCUAACUUUAUGUUAUAUUGUUUAAUAUGUGUGCAAACAUUCGAACUUGUUUAACCAAUAGGCAGUGCCCCCCCCCCUCCCAGACACUAAUAUAAUUUAAAUAAAUGUCGUCCAAUAAAGAUAUCUAUUAAUAGAGAUUCUUUUAAAUACGUAUGAUUUUUCAGGGUCCCUCCCAGAAAAAUGUUGAAAAUCCGCUACUGCUAAUAGGUAGUAGUUAAAAAAAUAAUAAAAACCUAGAUUAAUAUAUUAUUAUAAUAAGUUGAUUUAUCCUCUUCGUCGACACAAAAAUAGUCAAUAAUUACAAUAUUUUAUUUUCUCAAAUACUUUGAUACUACAUAAAAAAAAAAAUUACACAUCAACCAAUCAACUAAUUUAGAUAUUGAUUUUAACUUUGGCAAAAUGGCUUUGGAGAAAUUGUUGACACUGUACAUCUAACCAAAAUGUUUUUCCGUAAAGUACGCAUACAUAUUUUCGUCUUAAACUUAUAACUUAUUAAAUAUGUACCUACAUAAACUUCAUUAGAUACCUAUUCACUUUAAGCGUUUAUUAUAACUUUUAUUUAAAAUUUCGAUUAUCUGUAUGUAUUAGGCUGACCCUUAUUUUAGAACUUUAAAUUUUUUGAUUUCUCACCCUUUCAUAUUUUUAUAAUAACAAACUAUUUUGUGUUAAAUUUGGUGAUUGUAACUUACCCCUUUCACGUACCACAAGAGGGUUUACAAUUGCCAAACAGAGUAGUUUUAAAAUUUGUUGUAUUUAACAUAAAAAUAUUUUAUAUAUUAAUUAUAGAUCUAAAUAUUUUCAAUAAAAAAACAUUUUACAAUAUUUCUCCUAAAUUCAUUAUUUUUGAAGAAAAAUAAUAAAUUAUUAAUUUUUUUGCUAUUCUUUAAAUAUAUCUGCUAAAUCAGCGAUGUUAUGAUAACAUUACAUACAAAGGUAAAAUUAAAUUAAAUUAUACCAGAUUAUACAAUAUAUUUUUAAACAUUGGCGAUAACAUUGGCGUCGAGUGACGACGCCGCAUACUUGUCUGAUAAGUUUUGCUUCGCCUUUUGAAAGGCGGCUCUACUAUGUAGUGUUGGUCGAGCCGGGGAAAGGAAUGCUAACGCGGUCCUCUUCGGUUCGGCUGUCUACAAGAGACGAAAGAAAAAAAGUCAGCCUAACAAGUGGGUUACGAGUUGUCUUAAGUUGGCAUAAUCUAAUUUCUUUAUCGAAACAUAUAUGAUUUAAAAGUGUGUAUUUAUGUAUAGAUAUAUUUUAUAUAAGUGGUUCAUCUGUAAAAUAUUUUUAUUUUAUGAAAUAGUACCGUUUAUGAUUAGUAUGAUUAUUUAUUUUCUUAUUUAAUUAAAACAAAAUACUUUUAAUUCAAAUGAAUUCAAAUAUAUUAAUUUAAUUAAAAAUUAAAAAUGUAUAAUAACUAUUAUACUAUCAGUAUUUUAACCACACAUAGACAUAGGUAUGUAUCUAUAUUUUAUUAAAAGUUAAGUAUAUUCUGUUUAUUUUUAAGAGCUUAUUUUAAAUAUUAUACAAUUUUUGUUUUAUUAUAAUUAGAUAUUAUUUUUGUUGUUUUGUUGAAUAUUUUAAAAUUAAAAAUAGUUUCCAAAAAUGUUAUAUAAAUUUAAGAUUAAAUAAUUUUGAAAUUAUUUAAAUGUAUUUUCCUUAUCUAUAAACAUAACUACCUUUAAUAUUUUAUUUAUUUUGUACUUUUUUAGUUUUUUCAGAUACUUCUUGUGAAAAAAACGAAUUUUAUUGCCCUAAUGGUACUUGUAUAAAUAAUUCAACUGUUUGUGAUGGCAAAAAAGACUGUAUCGAUGGUGCUGAUGAAAUUAAUUGUGGUAUGUUACUAUCAAUAUUAUGUUAACUAUAUACUGUAAAUAAUUUUAAAUUUAAAUUUAGAUGUGACAAAAUGUUUGAAGCCAGAUUAUUUUAAAUGCCGUGAUAAAUGCAUUGCUAGUUCGUUUGUAUGUGAUAAAGAAGUUGAUUGCACUGAUGGAUCAGACGAAAGACAUUGUCAUGAUGUGCGUAUUCCAAAUUGUAAAUUAAAAUUAUUUAAAAUUAGGUGUAAUUCUUAAUUUAAAUAUAUUAUGUCAUUUUAGAAAUCCCUUACGAGACCAUGCUCAAAAGCAGAAUUUGAAUGUGCUAAUGGUGCAUGUAUUCCGAUGUUUUGGCAUUGUGACAGGAUUGUAGAUUGUGACGAUGGCAGUGAUGAAGAUACGGAGUCAUGUAGAAAUACAGUAUGCAUAUUUUUUUUUUCCCCCUUAUAGUUAUAACUACAGUUAUAUUUCAUUUUUUCAAAUGAUUGUUUUAGACGUCUUGUACUGAAGCCUAUAUGUGUAAAAAUCUACAUUGUAUUUCAAAAAUUUGGAGAUGUGAUGGCAAAGACGAUUGUGGAGAUGGUUCAGAUGAAACUCAUUGUGGUAUACAAAAUUAUAAAAUAUAGUAAUUUUAAUUUUUGUUUAAUUUUUACAUAUUGGUAAUUUCCAUUUUUAGAUAUUAAUUUAAUUGAACCAGAUAAUUGUUCAAUUGGAGAUCGAAAAUUUUUAUGUCAUGAUCACAAAAAAUGUAUAGAUAUUGAAAAUGUUUGUAAUAACAAAACAGACUGCUUAGAUUCAUCAGAUGAAGGUGGUAUUUGUAAUAAUGAAACUGGUAUGUAUUUUAUUUUAACAAAAUAAUCUUAAGUAAAUAUAAAUUAAAGAAUGUUUACAAAUAAUAUUAUCCUGAACUCAUUUUUCAAUAAAUCUAUUUUAAAGUCAAGUCAACUUUCAUUUAUUAUAUUUAAAAAAGUACCAUUCAUCUAGUCUGCAAAAUUUCAAAAAUAAAUUUAUACAUAUUAUAUUAUAUAAAAUAUAAAACAAUAGUUAUAAGACAAUAAGUGCAUGUAUAUAUAUAUAUACAUAAUUAAUUAAAAUGAUAGUAUUUCCUUAUAAACAAUAUUCAUUGUAUGUAUUGUUGUUUGGUAUUAUUUGUUUUUUCAAUUUUUCAAAAGAUCUAACUCUGGAUAUAGCAAAAUAUAGUUGACCAUGACUAAAUACAACUAUACUAUAAUUAGCAUUUGGCUCUGAGCUUUGUUUAUUGUCAAAGAAAAUGCUAUUCGUAUUGGAAAUUGACGUCUUAUAAAUGAAAAGGGAAGUAUAGAAUCUGAUGGGGUCAAAUCAAUUCUAGGUAAUAAAAUACGCUGGCCAGUUCCUUGCCCAAUUAUAGAUUCUAUGUCUAAAGAAUUUUCUCACAUAUUUCAUACAGUAAAUCUUGUACCAUUCAUUAGACUGGACACUAUAUUUAACUUUCUUUAGAGUAAAAUGAUAGUACCUUGCUUUAUUGUCAAACUGUGGGAAGUCACUUAAAUGUAAUCUAUCUAGAAAUUCUGUAGAACUGAAAAUGGUCACAGUCUUCUGACACUGUGUUUAAACUUGAAUAAAUUUUUUCUUAUCCUUGCAACAUAUUAACGAUUUUUUUGUUUAUUUCAUCAUAAUGUACAUUUUUAGGUACAAGAAUAGCAUAUUAUAAUAAUAUAGAUAUAUUUUCUAAAUUCAAAAUCAGUAAGGUAGAACUUCAGAUACUACUGUCCCAAGAAAUCGCAUGGUUUUUUAAUAAUAUAAGUAAAAAUAUUAUUUAAAAAUUAAUUGUACUAAUAUAUUUCAUAUUCUGUGAAAUAAAAUACCUUUUAUAUAUUCUUCUUUCUUGACUUCAGCCAUUAAGGUAAUACUGUUAAACAAAGAUCUUGCCAUUUUUGCAUGUGUUUUCUGUAGUUUCACUUCAAUUAAUUUCUGGCUCUAUCAUUUUGACAUCCCUUUUCCACAGUAUACUCAUCUUAACUUUAACUUCCCUUUGUUUAUUCUCCAUAUAUGGUCCUCCUCAAUCAACCGCUUAACUAGAAAUUUUUGCUUACUCUAGGCAUGGCCUACUCAUGUUAAUCUUCUCCUACCAAUCUCUCUAACUAAAUCUGGCCUCUGAAUCUGCCUUUGGAGUUAAUAAUUAUGUAGCUUUCUCUAUUCUUUAGUUUGAUUAUUGAAGAUUUGGCCAUACAUUUUCCUUAGGACCCAAAUAGUACUUUUUCAUUUUUUUGAUUGGGUAUUAUGCUGCCCUAGGUUUUAAAAGUGUGCGGGGAUGUUCCAAGUUCCAAAAGAUCAGCCAUUUUUUUGUUUUCCAAUCUUGUUGUCCAUGUUCUACUAUUCCAAGGCAAGUUUAUUGUUAGAUCUUAAGCAAUAUUGUUUUACUAGGCAUGGUUCUUAAUCUAUACUUGGAGGAGCCAGUUGAGGCCAAAUAAUGGCUUACAGCACCCAAUGAAAGGCACUGGUGAUGGGGUACACACUUUCCUUACGCCAAAAACCUUUUAUAUGUAUAUUAUUUUUAUGUGAAUAUGAAGUUUUAAUUUAAUUUUUACUAUAAUUUUAAAAAUUAAUUAAAGUGGUGGAUUUUAAAUUUUGAACACAUUUGAAUAAGUUUAUUAAUAAGAUCUGUUUACAAAUUCUGAAAAAUACAGUUUUGACAAUUGAUAUAUUUUGUAAAAGUUAAUAUUAAAACUGUUUCAGCACUUAUAAGAGGAUGUAAAGCUAUGAAUUGUUCUAGUGUAUUUGAAUGUUUAGAAAAACCACAUGGAAUUAUGUGUGUAUGCCCAAAAGGAACACAUUCUGUAAAUAACACAUGUCUUGGUAAUGAAUAUACUUGUUUAAAUUUAAAUUUACAACAUUAAUCAUUGUUCAUAUUUAAUAGAUAUUGAUGAAUGUGAAGAAUAUGGUAUUUGUGAUCAAUUUUGUCAUAAUAUAUAUAAUAAAUAUCGAGGACAAUAUGAGUGCUCUUGUCACGAAGAUUAUGAGUUAGUUGAUAAUCAUAAGUGUAAAAUAAAAGGUAACGAUUUUGAUUGUUGAUUCAAUAUAAUUUAUAUUUAUUUUUGUACUUAAAGGUCUUUAAGGCCUUAUGAAAUUUCUUUGAUGUAUAUAUUCUUACCCUAGUGUCCACUUCUCUAACAACAAUCCAUUUAUCGUUGAUAAAUUGGGGCCUUUCUCUUCGCCGCUUUUUGGUUAGGUCUUUAAUUAGUACAUUUUAAUAAGACUCAUGUCGACUUUCUAAUGUCAUGACAUGCUCAGUCUAAUAGCUUAAGAUAUUUCCUGAUGUUUGGUUUGUUAUAUAGUAUUUCCUAAGUCUACAUUUUUUCUUCUUUUGAAUUCUUCAUUAUAUAGACGUAAUUUUGCUAAAAUUCAGGGGUAGUACAAAACUGACAUUUACAUACCUUUGUGAUGAAGUAACUAAUAAAUAAAAAAAAAUCCAAGAAGUAUAUUUAAUAAUAAAUAUUAAUAUAAACGCUUGUAAGUAAAACGGCUCAUAAAGACUAUGUAUGAUAAGUAGGGAACUGAUUUAUAUACACUUAAAAUCCAUAAAAAGCGCAUUAAAAAUGUCAAAAAAUGCUAAAAAAUUAAUUUUUUAAAAGGGCAAUAAAGAUAGAGAGGUUUAAAAUUCCCCCAAAGUAGAACCAUUAAAGGAGGGAUUAAAACCAUUCUACCACUUUUACUGUUUUAACAAUUUAAGUGCUUUUUUUGUUGUUUAUAAGUGCAUACAAAUCCGUUCCCUAGUGAUUAUUGAUAGCAUAGCAUCAAUUUUCACAAUCAUGUAUUCACAUAGUAUCACCAUUAAUCUAUUUUGUGGUGUCAUAAUCAUAAACUUAUAAUAUUAUAAGUUUAUAAUUAUUAUCCCCAUUUAUAAACGGUGAAUAUUAUCUGUACGAAAAAUGAUAAGAGACUUAUUCGGAAAUCCAACCCAGUAGCAUACUAAUAAACUACACAAAAUAAAAUACUACCCGACAUAAUAUUGCUGUUUUGCAUUACAAAUCAUGGUUUAUUUUCAUUUAGUGGAGGUGCAAAAUGAUAGUAUUACACCCCCACAAAAAUUCAAGCUCCUCUUGUAUCCCCCCGAGAUUACACCCAUGCACAAUUACGAUUUUGUGUAGGUUCAUAAUAUGUUAAUAAUUUUUUUAAUUAUUAAAUGUGUUAGUUAAAUUUAAAAUCUUACCAGAAAUUAUACUAUAUUUAUUCUUGUUCAUUUAAUAUUAAGUAUGCCACUAAUUUUAUAACAUUUAAAUAAUAAAUAACAUUUUACUACAUUAAGACUAUUUAAAUAGGUGACAAUCCAGUUUUAGUAUAUUCAUCAUUACAACAAAUAAAAGUUUUUGACUUGGUAACACACAGUCGAUAUACUUUAGUUGAUAAAUUGCAGCAAGCUACUGGAUUAGCUGUAGAUGGAUCAAACAUAUAUUGGACAAUCAUUUAUGAAGGGUUACAGGCUAUUGUUAGAGCAAACAAAAAUAAUACCAAACCUGAAGUUAUUGUGACAUCAGGUAAAUGUUUGAUGGCUUAAUAAUUUUCAAAGCUAUAAAUUAAAUAUAAUUGUUGAGUCCACUCUUAUUUAUUUCAAUUGGUUGACUUAAAUAUUUAUUACUGAGAUAAUACUAAUAAUAUAAUUUAUUGAAUUAUGAAGUGAUAUAGAGUAUCUUACAAAGAUAUACUCAUUACAAGAUCUCCUGAGAUUAUAAAGAUAAUCAAAUUCUGUUUUUUUUUUUUUUUAAAUUACUCACAGGGAUAAGGUAUAUAAAUAUUUAUAUUUGAAUUAAAUUUUGAUGUUUUGAUAACAAAAAAAUUUUAAGUUCAGAGAAAAGUAAAUACAACCGUACAGCAGGCUGUAAUCAAUUGAUUAUUAUUAUUAUGGCUAAUUAUUGACUGUACACUUUUGUUUUCUGAACUUUAAAAGUUAUUAAAAAUCACAAAUUUAAUGAAAAUAAAAAGUUGAUACAUCAAAAUUUUCAAAGAAAUAUACUCUUUAUAAUGGCUAUCUUAAAUUUUUCAAAAAUAAUAAAAUAAAGUUAUUUUUUUUUUUUAAGUUUUUUACCAAAACAUAAAAAAUUGAUUGGAAUAUAAAUAUUUGUAGUCCACAUCCUUGUGAGUAAUAUGAAAAAAAAAAACACUAUUUGAUUGUCUUUAUUAUCUCCGAAGAUGUACAAUGGGUAUACAUGGGACACUCUGUAUAAUGUACAUAUAUAUUAUUCAUAUUAGCAUUGCACAUUUACAAACAUAAUAUUAGUAAACUUGUGUGCAUGUAGGUCUUGGAACACCUGAGAACCUUGCUAUAGAUAGUAUCACACAUAAUUUAUACUUUACCGAUGGUAAAAUGAAGCACAUUGGUGUGUGCAAUAAUGAUGGAUCAAUAUGUACAGUUCUACAUAAUAAGAACAUUGACAAGCCUAGAGCAAUAGCUGUUUCACCAAUAGAUGGGUAUAGCUAAUUUGUAUAUUUUGUCAAGUAAUAAUAUUUUUAAAUUAUUAUCAAUACUAACAAAAAAUUGAUUUAGUUUCAUGUAUUGGACGGAUUGGGGAAAAAUUCCAAUGAUUGCAAAAUCUGGAAUGGAUGGAUCCCUACCGCAAAUGUUUGUUACUAAUGAUAUACAUUGGCCAAAUGGUAUUCAUGUUGAUUAUAUUGGAAAAAGAAUCUACUGGGUGGAUGCUAAGUUGCAAGUUAUUGAAUCUAUUAAACUGGACAAAAGUGAUAGAAGAGUAAUUAUAUUAUGGAUAUAAUAAUUAUUAUUAUUAUAAUAUAUAUAUAUUACUAUUGUGUUAUAUUAUAUUUAAAUACUACUUAUCUAUAUAUAAUAAUAUUACAUUAUUUUUCAUGUUUUUAGGUAGUUAUAACAGAAUCGGUAGAUCAUCCAUUUUCAGUGACUGUGUUUGAGAAUAAAUUAUAUUGGAGUGAUUGGUCAGGUAAAGAAAUAAAAGUAUGUGACAAGUUUACAGGCAAAGAUCGCAAGUCAUUAGUACAUGAAACUCAUAGUAGAGUAUACGGCAUGCAAAUUUUCCAUCCUUCACUAUUCAAAUCUCAGGUAUUUUACAGUAGUAGAAAUUAGAAAGUUUUAUUUUCUAUAGGUUAUUUAAUUUUCAGACACCAAAUCUAUGUGAAACUGCUAAAUGUAGUGAUAUGUGCUUAUUAGCACCAAAGACAAAUGUUAGUUCUAAAGGAUACAGUUGUGCUUGCCCUGUUGAUAAGUUUCUAUCAUCAGAUGGAUUGAUGUGUUAUGACAUAUUCAUACCUUCUUCCCUUAUUGUUAGUACAUCAACUAGUAUUUUGGAAAUUCAACAAAAAUAUUUGGGGCGUCAAAAAGUUAAGGAAAUACCGAUGAAAAAUAAACUAUCCAGAAUAUCUGCAGUCGCUUAUAAUUCAAUAUUUGGUAUUCUACACAUUAUAAUUUAUUAGAUUAUGAAAUUUUAAUUGUUUAUUUUAUUUUAUAAUGUUGUAAGGUAAUGUGAUAAUCUAUGAUUCAAAAUCUAAAAAACUUUGGCAGUAUGAUUUGGUUAAGACAAAAUUAUCAGAUUUUAUACCAAAAAUUGAUUCUUUACACUCCUUAAAAUUUGAUAAUCACGGAAAUAAUCUUUACUGGUGUGAUUUGACUAGGAAAACAUUAGACGUUUUAAGUCUCACUACUUAUAUGCGAACUACAAUUUUAUAUGAAUUAGAUGGUCAUAUACCAAUUUCAGUUGCCUUAGUUCCAGAUCGAGGGUAAAAAUAUUAUAUUAUGUUUAAGAAACAUUACAAUUUUUUAUUAUAUCCAACCUUUAAUACAUUUGUUGUUCUAUAUUUUAGCUUUAUGUUUGUAGCUAUGAAAGAUGGUUCUCGUAUACAUAUAGAUAAAUUUGAUAUGGAUGGAAAUAUUAUGUCUUUAGUUCAUGUAGUUGAAUAUGGAAUAAUAGCUGAUGAAAUUGUAUUACACUUUGAUUUGAUUACAAGACGGUUAUACUUUAAUGAUAUAAAAAAUGAUUUAAUUGAUAGUGUCGAUGAAGAUGGUUAAUAAAAUAAAAUAGAUACAAAUUUAAUUUAAGAUUUUAAAAGACUAAAUAUAUUUGUACCUUAUAAUUAUACUUUCCUAGGAUUGAAUAGAAAAAUUAUAAAAAAUUCUGGACUAGUCAAAGAUAUAGUUUCAAUGGAUAAUGAAUUAUUUUGGAUAACUCAAGGUUCAACAACUUUAAAUUGGAUAGAUACAAAAAAUGAUGACCGAUCUUCUAGUGUACUUGAUAUAGGUUAUUCAAAUUUUGAAUUUCAAAUUUUUAUUAUGAUCAUAAUGUAAUUUUAUGUAUAUUUCAGGAAAUUGGAAUAGUGAUUCAAAUUUACAAUUAACAGUAGUUUAUGGGAUUGAUAGAAAUAUCCAACACCCAUGCAAGCAAGAAAAUGGUGGUUGUUCUCAUAUAUGUCUUUUAUCUGGUAAAAAUAAGGUACAAUAUUGAAUUAUUUUAUUCCUAAACAAACAAUACAAAAAAAAUAAUCAUACAGUAAAAGAACUUUAUUUUAAUGGUAUAAUGAAGGUUUGUAGAUGUCCAUCUGGAUUGAUAUUAUCAAAGAAUGGUCUAGAAUGCACACCAUUUAACCAGUGUAAAUCUGAUGAAUAUCGUUGUUCAACUGGUGAAUGUAUUCAUUCAAGAUUCCGAUGUGAUUCUAAACAAGACUGUCUUAAUGGUGAUGAUGAAGAUCCUAUUAAAUGUUUAUCGUUUAUGCCAGACUUAUGUCCUAAAUCUCAAUUUUUAUGUCAUGAUAAAACUAAGUGCAUAGAUAAAAAAAUGCAAUGCAAUAAUGUUAAUGAUUGUAGUGAUGGUUCAGAUGAAAAAAAUUGUGGGAGCAAGCAUACAUGUGAUCCAAGUAAUAAAUUGUACUUAGUAAUGUAGAGGUAGUGAAAGGUUAUAAAAGUUAAGUUAAUUAAUAUGAUAAUAUUUUAGUUACAGAAUUUUUUUGUCAGACUGGAGAGUGUAUUCAACGAAGUUUUCUAUGUGAUAGUAAUCUAGACUGUAUGAACGGUGAAGAUGAGUUGCACUGUCACGACCAAACUUGUCAUCAAAUGGAAUUCAGAUGCAAGUCUGGUAAUUGCAUUGCUUCAGUUUGGGAAUGUGAUGGUGAGAUUGAUUGUAUCGAUGGUUCAGAUGAACACUCUAAUUGUGGUAUAUUAUUUAUAUCUACACAUUUAAAUAAGAUAUUUUCGAUCUUAAUUUGUUAGGACUAGGACUUGGGGCUUUAUGCACUUAGAAUUCAUAAAAAGUAAUAAAAACCAUUAAAAAAGGCUUGAAAAUGCACUUGAACGGUAAAUGAUAUUAAUGGUAACAUGUUUUUAAAAUCCCCUCUCCCUCUAAUGGCUCUAACUUAUAAAAUACAAUUUUCAAGCACUACAAAAAUUAUUAACACAAAUUUUUAUAUAAAAUUGUAAGUAUUAUAAAAAAGAAAAUUACUUGUAUUCGACAAUUGCAUUUAAUGAUUAGGUGGUUGGGUAUAGAAAUUUUAAACCUCUCUGGGCCCUCUGUUAUUUUUGCUUUUUAAAUUUUGUUUAAGAGCUCUUUUAACGUUUUUUUUUUUUAAUUUUAAGCGCAUAAAGUCCGAAGCCCUAGUUAAGAUAUUACAACAUUAUUUUUAUUACACAUUUAUUAUAUUAUUUAUUUUUAUUUUUUUUAUUAACAUUAUUUUUAAAAAAUAUUCACAGCUGUAAAAAAAUGUAAAACUAAUCAAUUUGCAUGCAGUAAUGGCCGAUGUGUAGAUCAUAAUUUUACUUGCAAUGGUGAAGAUGAUUGUGAUGAUAAUUCUGAUGAAAAGGGAUGUCCAUCUAGUCAUGCAUUUCUGAAAAAACCGUUAGUUAAAUUAUGUAAUUCAGAAACUGAAUUUGAAUGUGAGAAUGUACAUGGACAUUGUGUACCGAUCGAAGCAAGAUGUAAUAGCACAUCAGAAUGUAAACUAUUUGAAGAUGAAUUAAAUUGUGGAUGUCAAAAACCUGAUUUUUUUGAAUGUGAUAAUAAACUAUGUGUGCCAAAAGUUUGGUUAUGCGAUGAAACUGACGACUGUGGUGAUCAGUCGGAUGAAAAUACUAAGACAUGUAGCAUAUUUUUUCAGCACUCAACAGUUUCAACAAAUGAAUGUGAUGGAUAUUUAUGUAAAAACAAAGAAUGUAUUCCUUCAAAUAAAGUUUGUGAUAACAAAAUUGACUGUAAAGAUGGUACCGAUGAAGGAAAUCUCUGUGGUAAUUUAUAUUAUAUUCUGUAUUAGUCAAUUAAAUAAUAAUCCUUUGUAUAGGAUGAUGAAACUGGCAAACAAGGAUCUGCCAUUCCUUUUUUGAUUCUUUUUCAUUUUUAUUUUUAUAAUUUUACUGUAUUAUUGUGUUUAUUGUCUUAUGAAUAUUUAUUUAUAAUUAAUUAAUUUGUUAAUGUAUUGUAUUUAAAUUGAGUCAAUCCAGUAUAUUAUCCUAUUAAUAAAUAAAUACAUUUAUAUAGUACAACUAAAAAAAAAAAACUAGCAAAUAAGAUAGCCAAACUUGUAUUACUAUGUGAUACUAUAAUGCAUAAUAUAUUUUUAUAUAAUAAUUGCUAAAAACAAUUUGUAUUUAAAAUACAUUAUUUAAUAAAAAUUAUUGUUAUUAUUAUUUUUAUUAGGUAAAUUUUGUCAGUUUAUGAAUUGUAGUCAUACAUGUGAAGAAACACCAAAUGGUGGAAAAUGUACUUGUUAUCAUGGUUAUACAAUUUCGAUUGAUGGUCUAAGUUGUAAAGAUGUUGAUGAAUGUCAAGACAAUAAUAUAUGUGCUCAAUAUUGUACAAAUUUAGAUGGCUCAUAUAGCUGUCACUGUUUUAGUUCAGAUUACCUGCUGCGUCCAGAUAAAAGUUCCUGUAAAGCUUUAGGCAUGUAUUAAAUAUUACCUAAAGAAAAAGCAUGAAUUAUUAAUUAAUACUACUUAUAAUUAUGUUUUAGGGCCUAUUAUGAAUUUAGUUUAUUCUGAUGCUGGUAAAAUAAAAAGUAUUUCUGGAGAUUUUAAAGAAUCAACACUGCUUUUUUCAAACUCAGGAUUUCAUGUAACAGAUCUUGAUAUAGAUACCAGAAGGAAUCUUAUUUAUUGGACUUCAGGUAUUACAAUUAUGGUUGUUAGUAAUCAUGGUUAUAGCAAAUUCAUUUUAAAUGUGUAAUUUUUGAUAAAAAUAAUAGAUUCUAAAUAAGCAAAAGAAACGCCAAGUAUCCAUUAUUUUAUUGUUUUUAGAAGAAGCUGAUACUCUUAUUUGUAUGGAUAUGCACCAAGAGCACAAGGUUUACAUGCAAGACUUAAUAAAUCCAACCAAAGUUCGUAUUGAUUGGUUAACUGAAAAUGUUUACUUUGUAGAAAAUUAUCGUGAUAUUGUAGUAUGUAAUUUAAACUCUAAAAAGUGUGCCACUAUAUACAAUGCUAACAUUCACACAAAAAUUAAGGCUUUUACUAUUGAUCCUCUAGCUGGGUAAUUAAUAUUUGUUUUUAAUUAAAUUAAAUAAUAUAUAAUAAUCAUUAACUAAUAAUUAUUGUGUAGCUUGAUGUUUUGGGCUGAAAGUAUAUGGGCUAUAUGGGAUUCUCCGACUACAGUUAUCAGGCAAUCAGACUGUAGUGGAUACAAUGUAAAAACUAUAAUUGAUCAGGAAGUACAUGAUAUAACUGAUUUAACGAUAGAUCCAAUUAAACAUUUAGUUUAUUGGGUUGAUCAGGCUAAUUCAGCAAUUGAAAGAGCUAAUUAUGAUGGAUCUAAAAGAAACAUUAUUAUUUAUACAAAUGUAAGAAAGUUAAUAUUAAAACUAUUUUAUUCUAUUCAUGAUCUCUACUAAUAAUUAUAUUUUUAAAUUAUUAGCAUUUACCAAAAAAAAUUUCACUGUUUGAAGAUAAAUUAUUUUGGACUAAUGAUGCUACAGAGUAUCCUAUUUUCAAAUGUAAAGUAUUUACUACCACAGGUGCUCAAUGUGAACCAGUUUCUGUGCAAGUAUUUGCUCCUAUUGAGAUAUUUAGUGUAGUUCAACAAGCCAAGCAAAUCAAUGGUAAAUGAAACAUGAAUUAUUAUUAUUUAAGUUAUAAACCAAUAUAAUAUUGGUAACUUAGUAACAUUAGUUAACAUAAUUUUUGAUAAAACAAUAUAUUUUAUAAUUUUUCAAUAUUUCUUCAAAGUAACAAUUUAAAAUUCAUACUUAAUAAAGUAAUUAUAAAAUAAACCUAAUCAUAUUAUCUACUAUACUCUAUGAAUCCAUGCAGUAAAGUUUUCCUAAAUUUAAAUUAGUUAUGUUAAAGGAUAAUCAAGUAGGAUUAGGGAAAAACCAAUUUAUUAUCAUUUUAAAUUGCUAACGAAAACACACAUCUAAAAUUAUUAUUUUGAUUUUAGUUUAAUUAUUAAAUUGAACAUUAUUCAUUUUAGCAUCAAAUGUUUGUAGCCAUGUUCACUGUGAUUUUAUUUGUACUUCUGGUUCAAAGGGGCCGAUGUGUGUUUGUGAAGAUGGAUCCCAAGUUGAGCCAGGCACCGAGUGUGAUGUAAUUUUAUAUUGAAUUUUAAUUUCAUUUAUACAAAUAUUUUAGUAAUAAUAGUUUAUAAAGAUAAUAUUAAUUUUUAAUACUAAAUAAAUAAUUUUUUUUAUUAUAGGAUGCUGGUCACAGAAAACUGCCAACCUUUAAAAAUAUAAAUGACAACAGUAAUACAAUUUCAUAUUAUAUUGCUUUGUUUAUAAUUAUAGUAACAGGAUUAUCCAUGUUUUAUUAUUAUUUAUAUCAUUACAAAAAGAAACUGUUUAUAAUGCCAGGGUAAAUUGUUUUAUUUCUAUUAAGGAGUUAAUUAAUUUAAAUAAGUACUUUUUAAUCAUACUUAUUUUGAUAGGUUCCACUUUCAUAAUCCAUUGUCAACAGUCACUGAAGUAAUGAGUAGAGGAGACAUUAUUCAACAUGAACACCUAGAACCAGGACAGCAUACUUAUGAGAAUCCUAUGAAUGAAGUAAUUAUAUUUAUUUUAUUUCUUUAUCAAAAUUAAUAUUCUAUAACAGUUAUUUCGUGUAACAUGUAUAUAAAAAAGAAAAUUGUGUAAAUUUAUACCCAAUAAUAAUUUUAAUUUAUAAGAUCAUUUGAUUAUUUUUUUUAAUUUUUCACGUUUACUUAAAUUGAAUUACUAAUACAAAUAUCCUCUACAUAAGAAUGCAAAUCAUAUACCUACAAAUUAUGUUUGAUUGAAUUAGCAUUGUCUUAUUAUAUCACAAUUAGUAUUUCAAUAAAAAAAAUAAAUGGUUACACUUUUAUAAUACUAUCCAUAUGCCCAUAAGUAAUUCAUAGGUAUAUUUAUUGAUUAACGUAUAUUAUAAUAUUUACUAAAUAUAAGAACAAAUUUAAAACAUUACUUUAUAUUUUAUAAGUGUUUAUUUGAAAAGUUAUGAAUUAGAUUUAUUUUAAAAUAAUAUACACUUUUAUAGGUGAAAAAUAAAGUAGGCAGGAUACGUAAAGCUAUUUAAUUUAUAUCUGUAAUUAAAGAUAAGCUAUUUCUAACGAAAAACAAUUCUGAGCAAUGUUCAAUUAUACACGAUAAAAAAAAAAAACCACUACAUUAUAGUAUACCAAGCAUUUCGAUUUGGUCGAACAAUUUUAUGCACACAGUACCCACCAGACAAAAAAAAACUAAAAAAUAUAAAAUAUUAAUAAAUUGCUCAAAAUUCUAAAUUACUAUUCUAACUAAAUCAACUAGAUCCAAAAUGCAACAAAAAAGGUCUCAAAGUUAUUUACAGGCAAAAAAAAAAAAAAACAGUAAAACCAAUAGACUAGGGUUUUCCUUUGCUACACUCAGGAUCUAAAAUUUAUAUUGUAUUUAAUUAUUUGUUUCAGGAAAUGACAGCUAUAAAUGUUGUAUCUUGUGAAGAACCGUUAAGUUGCAAUGGAACACGUGGUAUUUAUGUGACCAGAACUGAAUCUGGACACACCCAAGAAACAGAGUACGAAGAUUAUAAGAAAAAACUUAUAGUUUUAUAA